AUGGCAAGGAAUUGUAUGCAUGGAUUUGUGCUUGUCGAGGAGGCAGGUGGUGGCAAAUCAGGCACUCUGCUCAAGAUCAGCUACGAGCCCAAAGUCAGAGGCAAAUGGUUCAGAGACUGGAUCACUAGUCACCCGAGAUUAGUAAUUCCCAUCCUCGCUGCACUCAUCGCUGCGAUCUCUGUGUCGAUAUUCGACCCGAUCAGAACGUGGAGUAUCAGAGUGCAUAUUCUGCAUGGUUUACACCUCGAGAACAACAAAUACUACCAGUGGAUAAGGAAAUGGCUUAGCCGUGGCUACGAUUACAUUCGGUUUAGUCCAAAUUACGUGGUUGAGGUUGGCGCCAGUUCAAGAAACCUCCCGCUAAAUGGAACACUGGUAUUCCGCAUCCUGAUGCUAAUUCGGCCCAUGUUGGCAGUUUCAGUGACGAUUGUGUCUUGA